GUUGUUGGCGAGCGAAUCCGGAAAGAGGUAGUUCCUUAUGUAAUAACGAGAGCCGCAGUCCACCGUGCUCAGCGGAAACAAUGUCUUGCUGACCUCCAAGCUAUUCAUGCUAAUCUUGCUGGUGCUAUGGAACAUCUAUUCAAGGCGCAGAAACACUAUGGAUGCGGUGUAACAUAAGUGAGGAGGCCAAACAGGCAUAUGUGCAUGCGUUGCAUGAUGCUAACGAUAUCCAAAACGCUCAUUAUUCACAGCAUCUUCCCGAAGCUUUAGCACGGAUGAGGGCAAUCGAUCUCGAACGAAUCAAGGAUACGAAAAUGGCUAUGCAGCUUUGUCUUGCAUCUGAGGUUGAUGUCCAGUCAAUUAUUGGCAGCAUUGAUCUUUCUUUACAAUUAACCUAUGUUUCUCACAAAACAGCUGCAGAGGUCAAGGUGAUGCUGUUCAGCUCUUGUUACGCAAGUGAUUCAUUAAUGAAAGUUGUAGUUCGAAAUACUUCGACUGGCAUUCCUUUCAAUACCCCAGUUAUUCGAAAUUUGAGUCUUUCUUCUUCAGCCCUAGAUGUUUCCAACGGCUCGCUUGAACGACUGCGAUCAGUGUGGACUUUGGCUAUGGUUUCGACGUAA